GGUUUCAAAAUAUUCUGUUCUGAAUUCAAUGAAUAUCCUGAUUCCGAUAUCUACUGGCGAAAAUUAAAAAGUCAUAUUAUACUUUUUAUUGUUUUAUAUUCAAAGAUCUAUCCCCUUGCUUUAGCAAUUCCAAGCAUGGUGAAACAUCUUUCGUUUUAUUUUAUGUUCUAUGCAUCUUGAAGAACUAACCUACACAUAUUAGUAAUUGAAAACAAUAAAACUAGGAUUUAUAAUGUUUCUUAAAAUGCUAUACUUUCGCAUAUAAUUCAUAUGGUGUUGUGAACGUCUCCCUUUCUGAAAAAUGGAACAAAGAUUCAAAGAAGGUGAAAGAAUCUUGAUUGUUUUAAACACUGGAGAAAAUUUUGAAGGUGACUAUGUGAAAGGCACCGAUACUCGAAUUGAAAUAGAUAAUUUUUUACAUUAUGAAUCUGGAAACAAAUUUGAUACCAAAUGGACUUUUUACAAGAGAGAGAUAUGCUCAGUGUUGAGGAUUACUGGGAAAAAAAAUGAUGACACUUCAAACGAAAAAGUAGCUACUAAAACUGUUAAUAAUAAUAUUCUCAUUCCAAGAGCGGAAUAUGAAAGACUGCUAAAAAUGACUGAUGAUUACAUAGUUAUAAAGACCGAUGAUAAAACAUAUUAUGAUAGUAUUGAAAAAUUAUCAAAUUUUGAAUCUCUAGGUGUUGUAGCUAGUAAUUGUGAAAAGGGACGAGGUGGAAGAAUAAAAAUGUUGGUUUUAAGCACAUGGAAGCAAGUAUUUAUUUUCAGUUUCCAUAAUUUCCGGACAAAAAGGUUUCCUGUAGAAUUAGCUGACAUAUUGCAGUCUCACUAUAUUAAAAAAGUUGUCUUCAAUGGAGGAACUCUUGUAGAUUGUUUAUUACAUGCUUACAAUAUACAUAUGAACAACAUUUAUGACAUUCAGAUUUCUCAUCUUCUUCUCAUGAAGAAUUCCACAGGAGAAUGUAGAGAGGAACUACCUACUAUUGGAGAUUGUCUUACAGAAUAUUUCAACUUUUCUUCAACUUUCAUCACUGCGGCAUUAGAAAUAUUGAAAGAUACGUGGGAAAUUGUGCCGGUGGAAAUUGAUAAGCUCAAAAAAAUAUCAAAAGUUGCUACCUAUUUGAUAUUAUUGAAGGACCAUCAAAUGUCCUUGAUGAUGAAAGACUAUGAUCAAGCCGUCGAAGCUUAUAACAAUUUAUUUUCGAAGAGUACCAAUUAUCAUUCCUUAGAAAUGGCUUCAAAUCAAAAAUGCACAAAACAAAUAGACGACUUAAUUCCUUGUGCUCUGUUAAAACCAAAUUCGCUCAAAAGUGUUAAAUAUGCCUGAAAUAAAAUAUAUAGGUAUGAUAAAAUAAAUAUAUUUCCAGUAUUACA